AUGACGGACCGAGGUCCACAACGAGGCGAUACGUUGCAAGAUGGCCUGAUCGAAACAGUGGUGGAGUCAGCCAGCUUGCAAGGUAGGGAAAUUGUUUUGCUGAGGGGGGGUCAGCUCACCUUGGCGCGCUUGGACUGCGCAUCGGUCUCGUUCGAUCCGAGCACCCAAUCGACAUUGGCCUGCACCUUGUUCAACAGGAAUUUUGUCACGUCCUUGCCGAGUGCCCUCUUGUUGUUCGGUACGAGCUCGAGCUCGAGCUUCUCAACGUGCUUCUGGCCCAGGGUGAGCGUGACGACGACCUCGUCGAGGUGGAUCAAGCGCACCUCGCUCCCCGAAAACUGCACCAAGUUCCACCCGUUCAAUCGCUGCAAUGCCUCGUACUCGGCCUGCAGGCGGAAGACCUCAGCCUUGGUGAAGCAUCGACCGUCCUCGAGCGUGCGAUGCAGACGGUCGCGUUCGCGCGCCGCCAGCGUCACCUCGUCGGUCAGGUCGUUGAGACGACUGACGAGACCGGCGAGCUGCGACGCGAUCUGUGUGUGCUGGCCGUCGAGACGGUCCAUUUCCCCCAUUUGCUCUUGCAACGACUCGUGCGCCUGAGCCAGCUCUUCCUGGUUGCACGCAGAGAGCUCGAGGUCGCGCUGACGUUCGGCAUGGAGCUCCGCCAGGAGGGCUUCGCGCCGUGCUUGCAAAUCCGGGAUGACGGAGCCGAUGCACGCCUCCUCGAUGACGGCGUUAUCGGCGCGCAGCCCUUGGAGGCUGUGCUCCAUCACGUCCAGGAUCGAAUCCAAGUUGGUCGUGCGGCACUCGUUCCACUGAAUGCGCUCUGCGAGAUGCGAGUGCCGCUUGAUCAUGUUGAACUGCACUUGCAGCGCCGCACGUUGCUCGUCCGUCGCGGAUUGCCACUGCUGGAAAAGUUCGGGCUGUUCGUGCUCGAGUCGUUCGUCGAUCGCGGUCAAAAACUCGACGUUAGCCAUGAUCUGCUCUUGCAGCCUCGCCUGAUCGUUCUGGUACAUUUGGUAGAACAGCGACUUGCACCCUCCCGUCACGGCCAGAUCCGCGAACGAAGGUGAGCCACCCGACGCCUCGUCGCGAGACGCGAACGAAGUCGGCGCCAGGGACUUGCGUCGGUUGGUCAAGUCGACGCCGGUCAUGGCAAUCACGUCCUUCAUGUUGGCCGUACCCGUGGCUUUGAAAAAGUCGUUCAAGGUCAGCUUGGGCACGGGUGCAACGGGCUCGUUGCCCGAGUCGAACGAGCUGCCAGUCGAAUCUUCGUCAUGAGUCUGCUGAAUUGUCGAGAUGCGACGGCUGUUUACCGGCGAUGUGGACCAGUUGACCCGCGCGGGGGACUUGAACGACGCCGCACGAGCGGCGGCCGAGGAUGGCUGCUGCUGUUGGAGCUUGCUUUGCAGUGACUGUGGGCCCGGCGAAUGCCCGCCGACGGAUCGGGACGCCGAAAGCACCGCUGGGGCGGCGGUGGCCGACCGUGGUGUCAUGGCCAUCUUGUCAGGCGAUCGGGGCUUUUGA